AUGAUUCUAUUUUUGUUUGUGUGCUCUCCGUGCCCUUAUGCGAAUCUCGUUUUUGUGUUUUUUGUUGUUUCAUUUUGGCUUGCCGCCUUUGCGGACAGAGUAGCGUAUUGUUUUGUGAAGGCGAAGGAAAGAAACGGGAAAAUGAAACACCAAAGAAUGAUUUACAUGGUUUCCAUGGCAUUAGCUGUUAUUAUUGCCACACCCCUUGUUUCGAGUGACGACACAAAUAGUACUGAAGUGUUUGCUGCUGCUAGUUGUUCUCUUGAUCACAUUUCCGGUGCCAGUGACAGCUAUUCAAAAUCAGAAGAGGCUGAGCAACUAAAGGAAUUGCCCUGUCGUCCUUUUACAGACGAGGAGUGCGUGCAGAGGUAUGGCGAUGUGGCAGUCUUUAAUAACGACCAUCAACGAUGUGUCUGGGGGUUGCCAUCUGGUGUGAAGGCCUCAGAAUUGCAACUAAUUUCGAAUUCCACCGUUGACGAGGAUCGGUGUGCUUUUGUGCGGUCGCUUAACGAGAUGCUCUUGGCGUGGCUAACAGAAACUGAGCUAAUUACUAUGCCUUUGGCCGAUGCCGGUUUAACGGGGAUACCGGUUCGUUGCGGUGGUGUUGAUUUGCGUGCAUGGACUGCAUACCAUACAGUUUACAUAAAUUCUUCUUCUGUAUCUGAGAGAGUCAGUGAUGUGCCCUUUACUGAUGAGGGAAUACGCAGUGAACAACCUGCACAGCCAACCCCUGUGUGGGCUAGGAUCACCUUAAUUUUUCUCAGUUUUCUGGGUGCUGCCUGUGUGGUCGAAGCCGCUGUCAUCAUACGGAGGUCCUUUUUAAAGCGUAAAACAGAGCUUUCGCAGACUGACGCUUCCGGAGACUCAGCGGCGGCCUUUGAGGAAAAGGUCCGUUCUACAGUGGCCUCCAUCGCGUCUUCUUUUCGAAAAAGGGCGCCUGACGCUUCACCCAGAGCACUGUCACGGUUUUCCUCGCCUUUAUCGGCUAGCGAGGGUACGCAGCGACCCGGUUUUCGCUUGGAUGUCUCGGUGGAACCAAGAGCUUCUCUGAGUGGUUCCUUCUCCAUUUUGGAGUCUCCUUGA